AUGACCGCUGCCACGGGCAAACCGGACGAGCCCGAGCGCCGCGGCCGGGGUCUCAUCCAGCACAAGCGCGAGGCUUUCUGGUUUUACCGUUUCCUUUCCAUCGUGUACGAUACCAUCGUCAACCCCUUCCAUUGGACCAAGGAGAUGCGCGACCGCUCGCUCACCCAGGCUAUGCUUGAGUGCCCUGGCCGCGACUUGAAAACCGUCGACGUCGGUGGUGGAACGGGCUUCUGUACGGAGGGCGUCGCACAGUACAUUGAUACCAAGAAUAUCACCUUGCUUGAUCAGAGCCCGCACCAGAUGGCCAAGGCAAAGGCAAAGGAGAGUCUCAAGGGCGUGACUUUCGUGGAAGGUGACGCCGAGAAUUUGCCGUUCCAGAGCGGGGAGUUUGACCGCUACACGUCAGCAGGCUCGAUCGAGUACUGGCCGGAGCCCCAGAGGGGCAUCAAGGAGGCGUACCGCGUGUUGAAGCCUGGCGGUGUGGCGACUAUGAUCGGGCCCGUGCGGGCAACCAAUUGGUUUUCGCGCUUUUGGUGCGACUUGUGGAUGCUCUUUCCCAUGGAGUCGGAGUAUAUCAAGUGGUUCACGGCAGCCGGGUUCACGAACCUCGAGGUAUCUUAUAUUGGUCCCAGUGCGUACAAAGGCGUGCGCCAACACGGGCUAAUUAUGGGCUUGACAGUGACGGGGACUAAGCCGGCACAGGGACCGUUGGAGAGUCCGCUGCAAAUGGGGGAGAUGCUGGAGUCGAGGCAGAGGGAGUUGUCGCUCAUCGAUCGGCUGUUGUUUUUACCAAAGUGGUUCAUUGGGGUUCUUGCGGGCGGUUAUUACUUUGUCUUACCCUUCUUAAUAAUCUUGUACGCGGCGCUUUUCAUUCGCCGGAAAGAAGCGUAGGCAAGGGUUUGCACCUGUGAAACAAAUUAAUCUAGGACCCUUCUUUAAAUUACCCACUGUCACAAA